AUGGCCUUGUACAACGACAUCGCCAAGCUUCACCUUCCUAUUUUAUACGAGACUUCAGAUCUUAAAGAUGGUGGCAAUGCAGAUGAUGCUGACAAUGAUAAAACUGAUAGUAAUGUGGAUGAGGACAGCAAACAUUCAUUUAACAUUGAUUCUGAGCCAGGGCAGCCUCAAAAGGAGGAGCAGUUCACGAGAAACUCGGCGGCUGGCCCUGCACUGCUAACCCCGCGCCCUUCGCACUACCCGGACCGGCCACCUGUCAACCCCGAGGGCGGCACGGGCGAGGCGGGGUUGGGGAGGUGGCUCCGGGAAGAGACGCUGGUGACCGAGGACUACCAGGAGGACUGCGCUCAGCUUUCGGGCCACUGCGCUCAGCAGUGGCCCCACUACAGCCGCCUGGGGGCUCCGGGCCCCACCGGGUCUCGGGGGCGCCGCCAGCUGACUCGCAGGGACCCUGCGGGCGUCGUCCUCAACCCCACCCCCACAUCUCGGAGCAGCCGGGGCGCCACGCUCCAUCGCCCGCGGCUGUGCGGCAGCGAGUCCGCUGCGGGGCGCGUCUCACCUGUUGAUCUUGAGCGCGAAGGCGCGGCGCUCUGCGCUCGGUAGCGUGGCCAUGGCGCGCCGGCGGCUCGUAGGCCUCUAGGGUCGCAGGGUGCGCACAGCGGGGCCCCCGCGCUCCGCAGAGCCGCUGCAGCGCAUGCCGCGCUGGACGCGAGCCUCAUCUGUCAGUCGUGGCUGGAAACUUCCGUAUUUCCACCUUCAACGCUGAAAUCACCCCGGGGGAGGGCCCAACCUCAGAGCUGCGGCGGCCAGCGGGCCACACGGCACCCGGCCUGGCUCGCAGGGAGCGGCGCGCGAGGAGGGUGUGGGCCCACCGCGGAACUGCCCUCCGGAUGCUUGCACCACCGGCGCGCUCUUCCCCGGGGCCCAGACCUCAGGCAGAAAGGAGCGCAGGCGGAUGACCCGGUGACCACUGAGCGAGGCCGGAAACUCCAUCUGCCCGAAGCUGUGAGGCUGCCAGGGCCUGUGGGCAAGAGCUGGGAACCCGCGCCUUCCGCCCCGCAAAAUUGGCGAGGUCGGGAAACCAACCCUGGAAUUCUUUGCGCUAGCCCUUAUUAA